AUGUCAUCACCAAGCUCCAGCACCCCCCUAGAAAUCUCCACCCCAACAUCUCCCUCCAAUCUCCAAGACGAUUUCGCACAAACCAAAGAAGAUUUCGACGUCUCUUCUAUCCCAGACUCCGAUUCCGAAGAUGAAAGUACGAUUUAUGAUCAAACAUCGGAAAAGGGAAAGAAGGUUGAGGAAUCUGCAGAUGGUGAGAUCGUUUAUGAUACUUCUAUUGCAGAUGAGAUGGGAGAUGAGGGACGAGAUGAUGAGGGCUUGGAGGAUAAUACGAUAGUUCAGUCUGUGAUCUUGAGUAGAUUCUCGACUCCGACUACUGAUGAGUUGAUGGGGUAUAUUAUUGAUACUGAUCUUUUGGGAGUUGGUAGCAAGGAAGUUGGCAAGGAGCCUCUGACUACCUAUCAUCAAAAAUUAGAAGAGCUCGCGAGAAUCCGAGCAGUGAUUACUCGAAGCCGAAUUCCUGAUACUCAUCAGAUAACCCGAAACUAUACAUCUGCACUCGCAGUAGCACCAAUUUCUCUAGAAGUUCAAAACUCCACAACUCACCUCCCACCAGGCACGCCUCUUAUCCGGGAUUUUGCAGUUGCUCCAUUGCCCUGCAUGUCCAAUCCUCACAAUCCUUACACCCUCUCAACCCCGCAAGUCCUACGCGGGACGGAUGUCCUGAAAUACCGAACUCUACAAUCAUGUACAUAUCCCUCAACUGGUAUCCGCACUAUGUAUCAUUAUCACGGGGUUCUUUUUCGCCAUGCAGUGAAUGGUAUUCACGCACCCUCUGAUAAGAAAGAAGAGGAAGAGGAAGAAAAAGAACUGGAUCGUGAAUUAUCUGCAGGAGAAGAAGCGGAUGAUGAGGAAUAUAUGUAUAUAUCUACACCCGAACCUGUAAUUCCACGUGCUCCUGUUUUAGGGAAUCGAAAUGUGGGGGAUUUGGUGAAGAUUGAGGAGAUAGAGGAGAUAGAGGACAUUGAGGAAUCAAAGGACGAGAAACUUUUCCAGAUUCUUCCUAGCAAUCUCGAGAAGUCACGACAACCAAAGGAGGACAAUCUCAAGGACUCAGAAAUCAAUAUCUCAAAUCCCCCCACCAUCAUCUCCCCCCUCACCAUCCACAAACAACAUCCACAACCCUACCAACUCCCCCGCAUCAACGCCUGGCCCCUUCUAGCCCUCACCUAUCACAUCCCCAUCUUCCCCACACACAUGCUCACCUCCACCUCUCUUACCCAACUCUCCCUCUGUGAAAAAUCCCUCCAGCAGCAAAACGGAUACUCCGAUUCCCCACUCGAUCAAUGGGCGCUAACCCAACAUCGAAUAUUUCUCUGGAUCAAUUCCGGCGCGUUAGAAAAUGGUAUUGAGGGGGAGAUGCGACGAUUAGGGAGUGCGGAUGCGUUGCUUGGGGAGGAGAGUAGCGAGAUGUGGGAUUAUGAGGAUGUGGAGGUGUUUGCGAGGUGGGAGGGGGAUACUUUUAGGAGGUGUUUGGAGUGGGUGCAGGAUGUGGAAGGGGUUGGGGAGAGGGAGGGAAAAGAAUGGGGAGGCGUGGGUUUGGAGAAUGAGGUGUAUGAUUUUUGUGGGGAGGAAGAGAUUUUGCAUCGGUCGGCGAGUAUAGCUAGUAAGGAGAAGAAUCACAAGGGCUCAUCAUCAUCUUCAUACAUCUCGGAAGAAUACGAUGCCGAAGACGAGCGAGGCGAAAUCAGAUCUGCACAGCCUUCAUUUCCCCUCCCAAAACAAAUCGAAAACGCAGAUUACGAUCCCCGACUUGGCAGAGUGGUGAAUAUAUUCCGCACACGGACUCUCCACCGUUUAGGAAUCACUUCUCAGAAUUCCCCCUUUCGCCAACCGAUUAAUCAUACCGCGUUUCGGGAAACGGGGAUUCAGGCUGCGGAUUAUGCGCGUGCGAAUGCGAUGACGAGGUUUGAGAGGGUGGCGGAGGAUUUUGCGAGGAGGGAGGGAGGAGCGAGGGAGGGAGGAGCGAGGGAGGGAGGAGUGGGGGAGCGGGAGGAUUCUGUGGGACAGGCUGAGCAAGCGGGAUGGAGUGAGAAUAGAGAUUCGAGAUUUGAUAGCGCGGAGGUGCAUAUGAGAGGUGGUGCGGGAUCUGAGGAUUCGGGGAAGGAAUCGAUUGAUGAAUCUUUUCCUACUGGAUCCAAGUCUCGGAGUCCACUUUUUCCCAGUGCUAGCGAUUUUAAAGCAAGCCCCUCACUUCUUUGUCCGCAUCUCUAA